AUGAUCCCCGAACUCCGACGUGGCUCGACGGUAAAAAGCGCGGAAUAUAGUGCGCUUACCCAGGAGAUAGUUGGCCAAACUGCGGAAAUCCGAGCCCUUAGCACCACGGUUACCGUCAGGGUGAAAAACCUCAACGAGAUAGCCACGGAUGUUGAGGUUAAGGAUGCGCUGAAAGAUCUGUGCCAGAUCGGAACAGAUCCCAAAUCCGGGACACAGGUGGCUUUCGUGAAACUUCUGGUUGCAGCAGCAAAUGCAGCACUUGAGUGUGGGCGGCUAAAGGUAGGCUGGUCUAUCUUCCAGAUAGCCAUCCCCCAGCAACCGGAAAGGUGCUUCCGUUGUGUGGAAUAUGGGCACAAAACAUUCGCCUGCAAGGGCACAGAUAGGACUGCCUUGUGUUGGCGGUGCAGUGAAGCCGGCCCUCAUGCGGCUAGUUGCACCAAACACGCAAAGUGUCUUCACUGCGGUGGAGGACACAGGGCUGGCAACCCUAGGUGCCCCGCCUUUCAAAAGGCGUCGGCUGCACCUUCGCGGGUAUAG